AUGGCCGCCUUUGUCAAAGCAAUCAAUGCGAAGAUCAGGGCGCACCCGGUUUUGAACUAUGUCUGCUCAACACAUUUCUGGGGCCCUGUCUCCAAUUUCGGUAUUCCCGUUGCCGCGGUCAUGGAUACCCAGAAGAGUCCGGACCUGAUCUCCGGCCCAAUGACUUUUGCCCUCUGCAUCUAUUCCGCGACCUUCAUGCGCUACUCCCUCGCCGUCACGCCCAAGAACUACCUCCUCUUCCUCUGCCACUUUGUCAACGAGGGCGCCCAGCUCACCCAGGGGUACCGCUACCUGCAGUGGACACAGUGGGGCGGGAAAGAGAAGGCUGCGCUCGCCGGCGCCGUGGACGCUGGGAAACAAAAGGUUGGUGAGGUUGAGGACAAGGUCAAGGAGUUGGCUGCUGCUGCCACCACCGGAAAGAAAUAA